AUGUCGUCGAACCCACCCCCACCCUCCAGCGACAACUUUCGCCCCUCCGUCAUGCGCGCCGCUUCCCUCCAGUCCUACUCGUACAAGACGCGGGCGGCUUCACAGCCCGCUGGCGAGCGUAUACCAAUCCCGCCCGCUACGGCUCUAGGCGCCUCGCCUGGGCGGUCCAGCCCCAUUGUCGGCGGCGAGCGGUUCGGCGUGAUUGGCGGUACUCGAGCACCAGGGCGGUUUGCCGGUGCGCUCGCUGCGGGGACUCAGACCCGAGCAAAUAGCUUCUCCGCGGGUGAAAGUAGGGAUACAAGAAAUACACCACUCGGUCGCACGUUGUCUAGCCAUACAGAGGAACACCCAUCCCGAGUAUCCUCGACCAGCCCCUACCCCACCUUCUCCCCCUCCGACUCGCCCUCCGGCUCCCCUCAGCCUUCGCAUGCGCAACUCCCCCACUCCCCGCCUAAGGCAGGCGCAAACGUCUCCCGCUCCCGCUCCCAAUCGCUCGCAGCGGGACAUCGACCCGACCGGGGGUUGCUCAUGCCCAUGACCAACCUGGAACAGCCAUUCCGGACAUUCGACAAGGGCUGGGACACCUCUCCACCGGACGCGGGGAAUCACUCGCCAUUCUCCCGCCAUCCCCCGUCGUUUGGCGAACUCGCUAAUCAGCCAACACCAGCACAGCGGUUCAAGCCACACGACUUUACCCGCGGAUGGGGCGUGCCCGACUCGCACGCCUUGUCCAGCUCGGUCGCGCAUGCCCUCGGCAACGUCCAGACCGCUUCGGGCUUUGAGGGCGGGGGAAAGUCUGGCGCAUCGUCACGGCGUCACUCGGUAUCGGUCGUCGGCGGGUUUGGCAGACGGGACUUUUUCGAAGCCGGACAGGGAAUGUCCAUGAUGUCUCCUCCGGGCAGGAGUGGAUCAUUACAUUAUACCGAUGCGGAGCUUCUCCCAGAUCGGCUCAACAAUGCGCUGAGUCUGGAAAUUGAUCAGUCGAGGCGGAGAGGCGUCGAGAUUGAAAUGGCCAAGUCGCCGCAGGGAAGGGAUAUCCCGCUCGCGUCGAGUUUACCGUUCGACCGGCCGUUUGGACCUCUGGCGCAUGAGGGGUCGUAUGGGCUAGGCACGUCUCCCGCGCGGGGAAGACUGGCGGGGUUCCAGCCGGCGGAUGGGCGCGGGCAGAGUGGGGAUAGCAGGGACGGGUCGAGCUCGCGCAGCAAGUUUGCGUUUGAGGGGCAGCCGGUGGGGUCGCCCGCUCGACAGGAGGUUCGGCCUAGUCCUGGUCGUCCGCCAUCCGGACCCGGCGCGAUUGGUGGUCCGGCCUAUGAUCCUCGAUUCCAGCCGCCAUUCGGGACCGGUCCAGGCGGGAUGUUCCGUCCUCCUUAUCCACCAGGCCCCGCGUCGCCUAUGGGUCAGUAUCAGUACGCUCGCCCUAAUUCUGGCGCAUACCCCUUCUAUCCUCGUCCCCCUGCGCCAAUGUACCCCUCCCACACCCCCUUCUCCCCGCCCCAUCAAGCCCCCUUCUCUCCCGCCCAAUCUUACGCACCAUCAUCAUACCUCGCGCCCUCACCUACAUCCUCGGCUCUCCCUCUUCCCGGCUCGACAUCCCCCUCCUUCUCCUCCCUGUCCCUCUCGGACCUCGGGAAGGGUCUGCCUCUCACCGCCCUCCCGCCUUCCACACCCCUCUACGUCGUCCUCUUCAAAGCCGGCCGGCGGGACGUGUACUACUGCCCCGACCCCACCCUCCUCAUCUCCAACAACGACCGUGUCAUUGUCGAGGCCGACCGCGGAUCGGAUCUCGGAACCGUCAUCUUUGACCAGCUUACCCCGCUCGACGUGCGAGAAUGGCAGGAACGCCAAGCGACCGCGGCGCUGCUCAGUGGUGCGAGCCAGCAUAUGCCACCUGGAAUGGCCGUCGGCGGGAUCGGCGCGGGCGCCGGGUCGGAGAGACCAGAAGCGCCAGAGGGGACUGGAGCGCGUGUCAAAGAGGGAGAAUUGAAGGGUGCGGACCUGGCGCAGUUGCUGAGUGGGUGCGGACCCAGCGGGAACGCGUUUGAUAGUGGGGUCGGAAUGGUACAGAGGGGUCCACUCGCCAAGGAGAUUAUGCCAAAGCGGAUCUUUGCCAAGAGUGCGCAGGGGCCAGAUGAGCAGGCACGGAUGAUUGAUAAGCGACGAGACGAGUAUGACGCGAUGAUGAUUUGUCGAGAAAAGGUGAUUGAGCGGGGGUUGCCGAUGCAGAUCGUGGAUGCGGAGUAUCAGUGGGACCGCCGGAAAUUGACAUUCUACUUUAAAGCGGAUAGAAGGGUGGACUUUAGAGAGUUAACCAAGGAGAACUUUAGGAUCUUCAAGUCGAGAAUCUGGAUGAGUAUGGUGGGGCGGGAUGUAGAUCCAAGAUGA